GCGACCUUUCGCUUACCUGCUUGCCCGAACUCUCUUGACCAAUCAGCGGUCCCACACGCCAAACCUUUCAUUUAUUAAUGAAACUAGUUUUUCACAAAUUUCGACAAUUGUUGGGCUGCAGUUUCAGUGAAAGAGCACUAGCAUGUCUGGGGUUGUCGGUCUUGUUUUUGCUGUUAUUGUGCCUCUCCUAGCACUAUUUGUUAACCGUUCAGAGUCUUCGCCAUGUCGCCGUCGAAUGGACGUGGCGUUCGUGAUUGACCGCUCGGCGAGUAUGGGAGAUGAGAACUUCGGUUAUAUCAAGCAGUUUAUCAAGAAGGUAUCCCAUGAAUUCCUACUGUCAAAGGACAGUGUUCAAGUCGGCGUCGUCCCUUUCUCGCACCACUAUGCGCUUGAGUUCGGAUUAACGAAUUAUACAAAUCACAAGGCUCUAGACGCCGCCAUAGACAAAAUCCAAUUUGAGGGAUCAUUCUCCAUGCUUUCCGGAGCGCUGAAGGUUGUUCAGCAGAAGCUGUUCAUGCCUCAAUUGGUGGAAGUCAAAUCGAAAGCCAAGAAGGACAAACCCCUACAAGCCGUGGUGAUCGUGGGUGAUGGAGGUAAUCUCUCAGGGAGUGAUGCUCUCUACGAAUCCUCGCUUGCACUGAAGGAUACGGGAAAACGUUUGUUCGUAGUGGGACUGGGGCGACUGGAAUAUGAAGCUAGUAUGCGCAUGCUUGCGAGCGAACCGCCAAAAACGCACUUCUUCAAUGCAGGAACUGGCAAGAACUUGAAGAAUUUUGUUAAGAGGUUGGCCAACAGCAUUUGUAAAGACAUUUGCCCAGAGAGGAGGCGCUUUAGCGUGACCGAGGGCAAGGACGUGAUUGCAGCUUUUGAUUAUCAACCUAAAUAAGCAAAUUGAGAGUUAACGCUUAUUAAUACAGCGAAUAAGUGAACGCCUACAGAUUUUAAAAAGAGUGUCCGAUAGUUGCAGUACAACUUACGCAUUCGGAUAAAAAGAAAUGAUCACUGGCCGUUUACAUCAAGACCAGUAGAAACAUGUAUGGAAUGUUUGUUCUGACCAAUCUUAUGCGAGAUGUGCAAGCAGUCAACUAGGAAUGUGUCUCCAUUUUUGCCAUUUUACACAAUUCGGACUGUGAACGCUUUUGGCUUGCUAAAGUACGUGAGAGAAUAUCUCGCACUAUUCAAAUUCCUGUAAUCAAUCAUUUUUACGCCUAAUAAUGUCUAGGAAAGAAGCUUUAAUACAAAUUUAAAGAAUUUUGAGUAACAUUAAAAUCGCGCGAGAAGUUG